UAGCAGCUUAUUUUGUGUAAGUUCCAUUUGUUAAUUUGAUCCCUGAAUUGUAUUCAGUCAGGUCUAUGUUUAAUUUACAGCUGCCACCACUGAUAGAUGACCUAUAAAACAGAGCCUUAAGUGUCCAUGCUUUUGUGGAACUUUUUCCAGCUUCUUUUCAACAAAUAGCUUGAUUUACAAACGUUUAAGAAAAAUAUAUACACCCAGGUUAUAUUAUGUUCAAGGCUGAUUAAAUUAUCUGACUAGGGUGAGAGUAUCUGGGCUGAAAUGUUCCAAAAACUGUUGCAGGCUUUUUAAUGUGCCCUGAAUCAUAUUAGGUUUGUGAAAGCAGACUUUAAGCAUGAAAAAACAUUUUGUUGUCAGUGUUUGUUCUCUGAAUGAUUGAGGGGGAGGAGACAAACAGCUGGAUAGCUCCACAGCAGUAGCUCUUCACUCCAAACUCCUCCUCCAUUUGAUUACCCCGAUGAGCUGAAGGAAGUUACAUUAUACCAGCGGCAGCGUUCAUCUUAAGACAUGCUUUGCAGAGGUUGCAGAUAAAUUCACUUUGAUCCACGAUGAUCACUAACUGCUCAUCACCCCCACCAUCCCAAGAGGGGCCUCAGUGUCCACCUGAGAGUUCCUCUCAGGUGUUCGCUCCGGCUGAGCAUGAGGUUCAUCAACAGGACAUCAUCCAAAAAACUCCUCUAGAAUCAGUAGAAGACACUUUGAAACCUCUGCACAUGCAUCGUAACAAACACUUUAAACGUUUGAGCUCUCAAUGGCAAUCAACCUUCAGGGGCAACAUUGCUCUCUCUCCAACAGAGAAGCGGCACGGUGCAAAGAGCUUCAGGAGGUGCUGCAAGCUGCUGGGAGACGAACAGCCUCUAUGUGUCACUACCAACAAUCAGCGCCAGCGUUACGUCACCAAGGACGGCAAGUGCAGGGUUAAUCUGGGGCACAUUAAAGACAAGAGUCGCUUCAUUUCAGAUAUUUUCACCACAUUAGUAGAUCUUAAAUAUCUCUGGUUCCUUCUCAUCUUCACUGCCUGUUACAUCCUCACAUGGAUGUCCUUUGGUGCAAUCUACUUCUUAGAUGCUUGGCUACGUGACGACAUUGCACACGUCCACGACUCCCAGUGGCAGGCAUGCUUUGAAAAUGUGGAUAGCUACCUCUCAGCCCUGCUGCUAUCUCUGGAGACCCAGAGGACUAUUGGGUACGGCUCCAGGAGGGUAACAGCUAAUUGUCCUGAGGGUGUGGUGCUCCUGAUGGUCCAGUCCAUCACCGGCUCCAUUAUCGAUGCCGUGAUGGUGGGCUGUAUGUUCGUUAAAAUCUCCCGACCACAGCAGAGGGCCCAGACACUGAUCUUCAGCAAACACUGCGUCAUCUGCGAGCGUGACGAGAAGCUCUGCUUGCUCUUCCGCAUAGGUGACCUUCGAGAGAGCCACAUGGUGGACGCCAAGAUCCGAGCCAAGCUGAUUAAAUCCAGGCAGACCAAGGAGGGAGAGUUCAUCCCACUGGAGCAGUCAGAGAUCAAUCUGGGCUAUGACACUGGAGGAGACAGGCUUCUCCUGGUAGAGCCCCAAACCAUUGCCCAUAUCAUCAAUGACAGUAGUCCCUUCUGGGAGGUGGGGGCCAAGCGCUUGAAGAGGGAGACACUGGAGAUUAUCGUUAUCCUGGAAGGCAUUGUGGAGGCAUCAGGUAUGACAUGCCAGGCAAGGACAUCCUACACACAGGAUGAGAUUCUGUGGGGUCACCGAUUUGCUUCGUGCAUUUCCCUGGAAAAAGGGGCAUUCCUUGUGGACUACAGUGCAUUUGACAAAACCUUUGAAGUCCAAAUGUCUCCACUCAGUGCAAGAAACAGAAGCCAUGCAAAGGAUGAGGAAUCUACAUUUUAGAAACUGAAAACAGGUCUUAUUUAUGGAAACUAAGAAUCUGCAGUUGUAAUAAUUUUAUCUACUUUCUUGAUGUGGAAAGUUAAUCAUUUUGCUAUGUAAGUAGGUGAACCGAGUAAUUUUUAAUGAUCUAUUAAGUUUUAAAGACAAACAUGGCCAUCGAUGACUUUCAUACCUCUUUUUGUACAGCA